CGACAACAAUAUGCGCCGAUGAUGGGCAACGUCAACAGUUCCGGCAAAAUAUCUGCUCAGGAUCGAGCCAUCCUUGACCUGAAAAACCAGCGCGAUAAGCUACACCAGUACCAGAAGCGUAUUAUUGUCCUCACGAACCGUGAGACUGCAAUUGCGAAAGAAUGUCUAGCCCGUAAUGACCGGAAACGUGCCCUCCUAGCCCUCCGUCGCAAGAAAUACCAGGAAUCGCUACUUGCAAAGACAGAUGCGCAGCUAGAGCAAUUAGAGCAGUUGACUGGGAAGGUGGAGUUUGCGCUUGUCCAGAAAGAUGUUCUCUUUGGCCUCCAGGAAGGCACAAAAGUGUUGCAAGCAAUCAAUAAAGAGAUGGGUGGCCUCGAAGGCGUGGAGAGAUUAAUGGGUGAGACGGAAGAAGCCAGGGCAUAUCAGGAGGAAAUCAGCCAAAUGCUUGCUGGGCGCCUAUCUAAUCAAGACGAGGAUGAGGUUGAGGAUGAAUUGGAGGCACUUCAACAUGAUUUGGAAGGACCAGUUGCACUUCCAAAUGCUCCAGUAUCUUUGCUGGCGCCGAAAGAGACCGAGGAGGAAACAAAGAAGAAAUCGAAAGAGAGAGCAGAGGCGAGAGGAAAGGAGCAUGCUGCAGCUGUUCCUUUAGUCGCAUGAUUUUCAUUUCUGCUUCUUCUUCUCACUCUCUAUCACCACGCAACGCACCCUCUGGAAUUAAAGCUUAGGAGACUCGCAUAGCAUAAGCAGAGCAUUUCAUUCUUUGCAUUCAAGGAGUUAUUGCUAUUAGAAUUGUUAUUCUCUGCGCAUUACUUGGUCGGCUUUACAGUCAGUUUAUUGUCUACAGAUGUGUCCUGGUUCUA